CGGCGUAACCUUUCCACUUACACAAACAAAAUGAAGAAAUUUGGCAGCUUUUCGUCUCUAAUCAACCGGCGAUGCUCUACCACCGUCACAACCUAUCUCAGACGGCUAUCAACCAAGGCAUCCGAUGGCCGAGAAGAAUGGAACGAUGCUUGGGAAACAGCGUGGCUCCCUGAAGAUUUAUCCGCGAAAAACCGAGCACCAUGGGAAGCAGAUGUCAAUUUCUCUAUUGCCGAUACACCAGAGGCUCUCGAUCCAGAUACGAAGGCGUUCGUUGAAGACAUGAGUGAUAAUUGGGAACAAAGGAGGAAAAAGGCCGGGGGUAAGAGCAAGCGACAGGAAGAAGAAGAAAGGCUGCUGAAGAUGAAAGAAGAAGGGAAAUCAUUGUAUAGUUUGGAGAAUGUGAAAAUGGAUUAUAGGGUUAUGAAACAAAGGGUUCAUGCUGGGUUAUGGGUUAAAGAGAUUGAGAAGAUGGAAGAGGCCAAAUUGGGUGAUUCCGGUGGUGGCGCUGGUGAUGAUCUCGAUAGAUUCCUUGACAGCGCCUCUGAGAUUUUCGACUCAAAACCUACAGAUUCCUCCGAUUUGAAGAACAAGCCAGAUGGAUGGGAAACAACAUCAAAGGCACAAGAUGGGAACAUCUGGGAAAUGACCCAAAGAGAAGAAGACAUUCUUCUUCAAGAGUAUGAACGUCGAAUUGCCUUCAGCAAAUUCCAGAUCGCUAGCUUUAUAAAACAACACAUAUUCAGUAGAAGGAGACCGAUUGAUGGAUGGAAGUACAUGAUUGAAGAAUUAGGGCCGAAUGCAAGAAGAGGGAAGGGAAGUGUUACAAGAUUACCUAGUCUUGCUGAUGCCUCAACUCAACCAUUUAAAGAGGAGAAGAUCCCAAUUAGUACUGCUGUUCCGACUAGGGGAAGAUAGGCCAGGUGGCACUUGAGAGCAUCCACAAUGCUAUAUAACUUUUCAUCAACUUAUUUAUAGGAUUUAUUUAAUUUUGUUUAUUUUAUAUUAUUAUCUUUGUAUAUUUUGGAUAUUACCAUUGGUUGAAUAUCUGGUAAACAUACUGUUGUAUGAGUUCUGGCUUUUGACGAUGAAUAGAAUUAGUGCUCAGUAUUCAUGGUUCUAUUUGCAACUAUUUUGGCAAAAUACAUUUG